AUGCCUUUCCAUCCUCCGUCAUGGGUGCCGCAGCUUCCCUUCGACCCGCCAGAUUCGAUUCCCAUCUGCGACUUUAUGCUAGAUGAGCAUUAUGGCCGUCAUCCGCUUGGCUACUCGAAUAAACCCUUCAUCUGCGGACUGACUGGGAAGGCUUACACAUGUUUGGACAUGCGUGACCGUGUUGAUUAUCUUGCCCGGGGUCUGUCAAAGGAGCUCGGCUUCCAUCCAAACGAGGCAACCGAAUGGGACAAAGUCAUCGCUGUCUUCUCCGUCAACACGAUCGAUACGCUGCCGCUGGCAUGGGCCACGCACCGUUUGGGCGGCAUCCAAUCACCCGCCAACGCCGCAUACAGCGCCGCCGAACUCGAGUACCAAUUGAAAAACUCAGGCGCAAAAGCCCUCUUCACCUGUGUUCCCCUAUUGGAGACUGCGCGACAAGCAGCGAAGAAGAGUGGUAUCCCCGAGAAUCGCAUAUACAUACUGGAAGUGCCGGAGUCGUUUGCUGGAAAGAAGACACCGCAAGGGCUCAAGACAGUGGACGACCUCAUUCGUGAGGGCCAGAAGCUUGAUCGUCUGCCAAAGUUAAAUUGGGAGAAGGGCGAUGGUGCUCUGCGAACGGCGUUCCUUUGCUACUCCAGCGGUACCUCUGGUCUGCCCAAAGGUGUCAUGAUCUCACACAGAAAUGUCAUCGCCAACACAAUGCAAAUUUGCACUUACGAGAAGCCGUUCAGAGACACCAUCAUCAAGGACGUGCGAAACCAGUCAGACUACACCGAGAUCGCCCUCGGUCUUUUGCCCAUGUCACAUAUCUAUGGCUUGGUUGUCAUCUGCCAUGCGAACGUCUACCGUGGAGAUGGUGUGGUGGUUCUCCCCAAGUUCGAGUUUGCAUCGACUCUCCAGGCGAUUCAAGACUACAAGAUCAACUCGUUGUUUUUGGUUCCACCUAUCAUCAUCUUGAUGACCAAGAACAAGCCCCUACUCGACAAAUACGAUCUCAGCUCCGUGUGGUCGAUCUUUACUGGUGCCGCACCUUUAGGACAAGAGACGGCAGAGGAUCUAGCGAAGAUUUUCCCCACGUGGAAGAUUAGACAGGGAUACGGCCUCACAGAGACGUGUACCGUUGUUUCUUCGUCUUCCCCUGACGACAUCUGGUUCGGAUCUUCUGGCUCCCUACUCCCCAGCAUCGAGUGUAAGAUUGUCACCAUCGAAGGUGCUGAGAUCACCGGUUAUGACCAGCCUGGCGAGCUGCUGGUCAAGUCGCCUUCAGUCGUGCUAGGUUAUCUGAACAAUGACAAAGCCAACAAAGAGACUUUCCAAGAUGGGUAUAUGCGUACCGGAGAUGAGGCUGUUUUCAAGAAGGGACCAAACGGUCACGAACACGUAUUCAUCGUCGAUCGCAUCAAGGAGCUCAUCAAGGUUCAGGGCCAUCAAGUUGCACCUGCGGAGCUUGAAGCCCAUCUUCUGACGCAUCCUGCUGUGAAUGACUGCGCCGUCAUCCAGAUCCCUAAUGAGAAGACCGGAGAGGUACCAAAAGCCUUUGUCGUCAAAUCGCCAUCAGUCGGCUUGGAAGAAAAUGACCGUAUCCUCGCGCGCGAGAUUCAAAAGCACGUUGAAGAACACAAGGCACGAUACAAGUGGAUCAGUGGUGGUAUUGAGUUCAUCGAUGAGAUACCGAAGUCGCCAUCAGGAAAGAUUCUACGGCGGCUACUGAGGGACAAGGAGAAGGAAAAGAGGAGACAAGCAGGCAGCAAGCUGUAA